UCAUCUUCAGGUCUUGCUGUAGGAGGUGCAAUCCUUUUUGGCAUUUUCAUAGGAUUCUAUAUAUAUUCUUUCAUACAAAAAAAGAAGAAGAAACGUGCUGCACUAGCUCAAAGCAAAGAGAUUCCGACACCCCUCACGAGCAAAAGCAUUGCUACUCCCUCAACUAAUCUCUCUCAAUCUCAAAGCAUCCCUUCGUAUCCUUCCUUUACUUCAAAGUCAGACUAUGAUAAGGGGAGCACUUACUUUGGAGUUCAGGUCUUCAGCUAUACUGAAUUAGAGGAAGCCACUGAAAAUUUCAAUCCUGCUAAAGAACUUGGAGACGGAGGAUUUGGCACUGUUUACUAUGGUAAGCUACAGGAUGGCCGUGUAGUUGCAGUGAAGCGCCUUUACGAGAACAAUUUCAAACGUGUGGAGCAGUUUAUGAAUGAGGUCGAGAUCUUAACUCGUCUCGAACACCGGAACCUUGUCAAGCUGUACGGAUGCACCUCAAGACGCAGCCGAGAACUCCUCCUUGUUUACGAGUAUAUUCCUAAUGGAACAGUGGCUGACCAUCUCCAUGGGAAAAGAGUCGAAUCCGGGUUUCUUAGUUGGCCUGUUCGAUUGAGCAUCGCCAUAGAGACAGCUGAUGCACUGGCUUUCCUUCACCGCAAUGAUGUAAUACACCGUGAUGUCAAGACCAACAAUAUUCUCAUAGACAACGACUUUUGUGUGAAGGUCGCUGAUUUUGGGCUCUCAAGAUUGUUCCCCAACGAUGUCACGCAUGUUUCAACUGCUCCACAAGGGACCCCCGGCUAUGUUGAUCCUGAGUAUUACCAAUGCUAUCAACUCACGGACAAGAGUGACGUAUAUAGCUUUGGCGUGGUCUUGAUCGAGCUCAUAUCAUCAUUACAAGCAGUGGAUACCAAUAGGCACCGGCACGAUAUAAAUUUGGCCAACAUGGCCAUCAACAAAAUUCAAAAUCAUUUAGUGAAUGAGUUGGUUGAUCCUCUUCUUGAGUUCGAAACGAACUAUGCUGUCAGGAGGAUGGCAACAGCUGUGGCAGAAUUGGGCUUCCGGGGUUUGCAACAGGAGAGGGACAUGAGGCAAGUGUUGGAUGGUUUGAGAGCAAUCCAGAAUGAAGAUCUUGGUUCAGAAAACGGUGAAGCAGUUGUGCUGGAUAUCGGGGCAGAUGAUGUUGGACUCUUGAGGAACAUGCCUCCCCCACUCUCACCAGACUCAGCUGGAACUGAUAAAUUGGUUUAUAAGAGGUGGGACAAAACUAUUUAACCCAACUGGUGGUGGUGGAAGCUCAGACUCAGAGUUCAACAAAAUCUCAUGGUGGAUAACUUGUAAAUUUCGGAAAGCACCAUUGUCAUACGCGGAUAGUGGACUAACUUUUGGUACAAUACUUUCUUCGCUACAAGGUGCGGCAGAGAUGGCCUUUGUUGCCA